UUUCGCUCAAUCAGUGGAGAGCCCAAAUUUCAAAACCCUAAAUAGACUUGAAGGCGCUUUACAGCUAUUCUUCGUUUAACUUGUGAGCUGUGAUCAGUCUCGAUUCUGAAGCCUCGACCGCACUCGCGCCGAAUCACAGAGGUUUUUCCGUUCGAGUCGCGGCAAUGGUGAGAGUUAGUGUCUUAAAUGAUGCUCUGAAGAGUAUGUAUAAUGCUGAGAAACGAGGAAAACGUCAGGUCAUGAUUAGGCCAUCCUCAAAAGUGAUCAUUAAAUUCCUUUUGGUGAUGCAGAAGCAUGGGUACAUUGGAGAGUUUGAGUACGUUGAUGAUCACAGGGCUGGCAAAAUUGUGGUUGAAUUGAAUGGAAGAUUGAAUAAAUGUGGGGUUAUCAGUCCCCGAUUUGAUGUGGGUGUCAAGGAGAUAGAACCUUGGACUGCAAGGCUACUUCCCUCAAGACAGUUUGGCUACAUUGUCUUGACUACCUCAGCCGGUAUCAUGGAUCAUGAAGAGGCUAGGAGAAAGAAUGUUGGUGGUAAAGUGUUGGGUUUCUUUUACUAGGCAUGCUUUUGUUUGAUGAGUGCGACUCCAGUUUUGAGACUUCUAUCAUUGUAGUGACAAAGUGGUAAUCUCCCAGUGUUAUCAAGUUUAGCUGAGUUGUUUGCUAAUGAGCUUUUAGUUUGUUUUGCAAGUACAAUUUGGUGCUUAUGAUUAAUCAAAUAACUGUGCUAUGAUUCUUACUUCACCAUAAUACGAUAGCAUCCCCUUCAACAGGUCUUUGUGGGAGGGAUUGUUUUA